AUGCCAGAGAUAAUUUUCCAGAUUCCAGGGUUGUGCUUGGUCUUCCUGUCUUGCUGUGGAGCAUUGGGGCCAGAUGAUAGGGUUAACCUAACUCGUGAGGAAUGGAAGGAAAGACUAACUGAGGAGCAAUACAGGGUGACCAGGCUAAGAGGAACAGAACGUUCAUUCACAAGUGAGCUUUUAGACGUACAUGAGGAUGGCACCUACAAGUGUGUUUGCUGUGAUCUAGAAUUGUUCGGCUCUGAAACAAAGUUCAAUAGUGGAACUGGAUGGCCAUCCUUCUAUGAAUCCCUCAAAUGUCCUAUAGAUGGCAGUGAUAACGUAGAGCUGAUAAAGCAUAUGCAUUUUGGCAGAACCAAUAUUGAAACUCGAUGUAGAAGGUGUGGUGCUCACCUUGGGCACAGGUUCGAUGAUGGUCCCCCACCAACAGGACACAGAUACUGUAUCAAUGGUGUUGCUCUGACAUUUGAGGCCAGUCCCAAAACUGACACUGAACAAGAAAUUGAAGACAAUUAAGACACUAAUGAUUAAAUGAUAAAAUAUAUCUUUUGACAUUUAGUGUAAUGGUGAAAUAUAAUAAAGUGUGAAAUAUAUAUAAAUGGAAGAUGUUAUUGGCUGUUCAAAUAAUAAUCUUUUUGUACAAUAUCAAUCGACCAAUGCAAAUGAAGUCUCAAAAUAGUAUGGCGGACAAUAGGCUUCUGAAUGUGUGAU